UCGAUCAACACGAAGUGCUUUAGCGAAAAAGGUUGAGCACAACAGUUGAAUAAGCAUUUCUCAUCGCUACAAAGACCAACGAUUGCCUGUAGCUGGUGAAACUGAUUGAACUAAGUUGUAUUCCACGUCGAGGUGCACCAGCGUGUUAUGCAUCUUCCUUUGCAGUGUUAUUUAUGUCCGGUCUUUUAAAGAUACCAUGCUGCGCGUCGAAAAACGCUUCCAGUGGUCCAACGGUAAUAACGAUCGACUGAAUAGAAUGGCCCACUAAGGCAAAACUUUUCUUAAGUUACAAAAUUUUGUUUGGAAGUGGCUCGUUGUUAGGGAAAGUGUGGUUCUUGACGAAGCGGUUCGCCACGCCUCCUGCGAACCGGUGCAGAUGUGAUGCCAUAUCGGAAAAGGCGGCGGUUUGCGGUUUUGCCUACGAGUGAAUAGCGAGUUUGUAACCGUUCUAUUACCGUAACAAUGGCUGUCCGGUGUGUAGUUUCCACACCGAAAAGUUAAACGAGAGGAACCAGAGUCGAGCAUCGACGGGUCGCGAAGCGUUUUGUGGGACGCACAUGCCAGUGUGCCGCACCUGCGGACGACGGUGGUAAACAAAAACGAACGAAAUGUCGACAAAAACAACGACAACCACUACGACGGUGACCGGUCGAGGUGGCAGUAGCAGCAGCAGUUCUGGGGAGUUUGAUGUGGCCGCGUUCGAGAAGCGGCUCCGAGAUCUAAAGGAUACGCAGGAAAGUGUACAGCAUCUGUCGAGCUGGUGCCUUUCGAAGCGGGCGCACCACAAAAAGAUCGUCAGUAGUUGGUUGAACGUGUUGAAGCAAGUGAAAAUCGAAAGCCGCCUUACGCUGUUCCACCUGGCCAAUGAUGUUAUACAGUACAGCAAGCGCAAGAACUACGAGUUCGUCGACAGCUGGGGCACGUACCUGCAGAAGGCGACCACCCUCGUCCGGGACGAGAAAGUCAAGCAUAAAAUAUUGCGCAUCUUCAAGAUCUGGGAGCAGCGUGACAUCUACAACGAGGAGUUCCUGGCUGACCUGAACGGGCUCCUUAGCGCGACCACAUCCUCGGCCAAAAAGCUCCAACAGCAGCAGCAACAGCAGCAGCAGCAGCAACAACAACAACAACAGCUGCAGCAACAACAACAGCAGCAGCUGCAACAACAGAAAGAACAACAGAAGGAAGAACUGAAACGGCAGCAACAGCCGGAACAAGCCUCGACAUCGGCACUGUCCGGCGUGGUAUCGACGGACUCCAGCAAAGCGAAGCACGUGUGGGAUGAUUUCCAGGCGACGCAACUUGCAACCGCGAUACGCGACUGCGUGAAGCUUCAGAGCGAUACGGACCAAACGUUCAAGGGUCUGAACAAGAAGCCAAGUGUCGAGGUCGAGCCGGUGAUGAACUCGGUCAAAGGAAAGGACCGCAAGCGGGUGGAGGAGGUUGUGCACGAACUGGAGGAACAGGUCGAACAGCAUGAAAGCUUUGUGGAGGUGCUAAAGGCGGAACAGCAGUCGAGGCGGGAGCUGCUGAAUGUGCUGCAGCAGGCACAAGCGUUCUACGACCAUCAGCGCGCUGAUGCGAAAGUUGUUGUGGUUGCAUAUUCGAGGUUUUCCAGCCAUCUGCGAAGCAUGAAAAAGCGCUUGGACGACUUGACGGCGCUGAGCCCGAUACCGUCGCCCGAUGUGAACGCACCCUCGCCGGUUCCAACGGACGGGGACAACAUACUGCCAAACGAGGGAACCUACUUCAACAUACAGCAGCACCAUCGGCAAAGCUAUAUGGACGGCGGCAAGCUGCCGUUCGAUUUAAACGACUUCAACCGGAGCGAUUCCCCUCAGGUUCACCACAGUGGUUACCACGGUGGCCAAGCGGUACCAUCGUCGUCGGCGGCGGUGUCGUCGGGUGGCGUUGGGCUUGGGCUAGGCGGCGGUCUCGUAGCGCCCCCGCAACCCCCUCCCGGAAUGGUGCCACAUCCGUACGGCGGUGGUGGUGGUGGUGGUGGGGGAGGAGGAGGAGGUGGUGGUGGUGGUCUGGUGAAUCCGUGGGUCACGUCCACACCACGUGGCCCCGGGCCUGGCGUAGUUGGUGGUUAUGGAAAUCUGCCUCCGCCACCGUACGGCAAUCCGGGAUUGCUGGGUGACUACGGUUCUCCGCAGCCGCCACCCGGUUUGGGACGGAAUGCCGGCCCCGUAACGUCACCGCUUCUUCCCCCUCCGAUGCCACCGCUCAAUCUCGACGAGUCCGAUGAGUACAAUUCGACCUGGGAUAUGCCAAUGACAUGGGAUGGAACACAUGAUUCGUCCGGAUUCCAGAACCUAGAUCCAACGGUGUCACCGUCGCAUUACGACCGGAAAGGUAUGAAUGCCAGCAACAUUAUGAUCGACUACGGCGACGGCAGUAGUGGCGACGGCGGGCAUCAAGACGUCGACCAUCGGCAGCUGCAAAACAGCAUGACACUGUUCGCAAAGGACAAGGGACGGCUUGCAGACGUCGACCACCGGAACCUCAUCUCCCUGACUGGCUCGCCGGGCGGUCCUCCGCCGAAGGGUGGUGGCAUGAACGACAUGGACAUAGACGACCAUGACGACGACAACGCAGAGCACCAUCAUCAGCAUCAUCGUCGUCACAAUCAUCAUCAGCAGCAGCAGCUACAUCAUCAGCACCGAAUGUCAUCGACGGGUGCCAGUAGACGGCCAACGACGGCGGGUGGUGGUGGCUACAAUGCGCGCAAAUCCGGCCCACAACCCGUACCUGCCCCACAGCAACAAGCCAUCUGGGCGACGGGGAACGCAUUUUCAUCGACGUCACUCGACGUCGACCAGCGUCUUCCUGCCACCAGUGGCAACGGUUUGGGCUCGUCAGCAUUGACAGUCGUAGUCCCGACGGCGGCCGAUGAUUCCGGGGACGAGAGUGUUGCAACCGGUGCCGCCGAACCGCCGCCGGGUGAUGAGUCAAAGGAUCUCGACAUGCGAAUACAAUCGCUGCAAGACGCGAUCGCUGCCCAAAUAGCAAACAAUGGUACCGGUUCCAACUUCGUCCUGCCCAAUUCUUUGCAACGACUCGGGGACGGAAUGGCUUCGGACGACGAAAACGUAGCUCCGCUUCGAGAGGCCAACGAAGAGCAGCACGGUAACACAACGCUCGACGACAGUGGCGAAGGCGAUCUGAGCCUUCCGGAGCUGCAGACACCGGUUUCGUUGCUGGAAAUUGAUGACUUUUUGCAAAAUUUCGAACGGGAACGCUUCGACCUGACCAAACCGCCAGCUUUGCUGAUGAGCAAUCAGACGGAAUCGUCGCAGUCUCCUCCACCUACCUCAGAACACUCCGGAACGGGAGGAGAUGGUAGAAAGAAUCCCGCCGAUAACAACGAGAGUGUCGACAUGGACCUAUCAGACGAAGAAAACGACGGUCAGCAGCAACAGCAUCAUCACCAAGCGAUCCAACGAUCACCGCCAGAAGCAGCAGCUCACCUUCCAAGCGCCAUGGACGAAAACAGCAGCGACACGAUUGGCAAGGAUGAGUCGGUCCAAGGUCGUACACCGGCGAACAACAACAGUAGCAGCAACGGCCUCGGUACGGCCUCCAACAGCAACAGUGGUAGCGAUACGCCAACACCACCAAACCACCAGCGACCACCACUACUUCCCGAUCCAACCUUCCCACCGACCGGUGGAAGCCGGGCGAAAUGGGAUCUUCCACCGCCCAGCCUGAUGAGCCUGACCGGGCUCGGUAACUUCGGUGCGGUUCUGCCUCCCCCGAGUCUGGUGGGCAACCUUAACCAUCCGCCACCGGGAACGUCGUCGCAUCUGCCGCAGAUCUGGGCCGACCAGCCACCGCCACCGGCAGGAAUUGACGUGCCGACGGGACUGUUCAGUUCGCCCAAUCGGCCUCCCCCAUCGCUUCCGUUCGGCGCCGUUGUUGGUCAACCGAUCAAAGGCAACAAUAACUAUCGGGGAGGAACCCCACGCGGGCGAGGACACCACAAUCGUAACGCGCCGUACUUCCGCGGCGGAUUGAUGAUGGGUGGCGCUGUCGGUCCGUUCAUGGCAGCGGGUGGUGGCGGCGGUGGAGGCAAUGGAUCCCCGGGAAUGCGUGGCGGUGGCUACCGGGGAGGAGGCGGUGGUAACGGGGGAAAAUUCCGCGGCGGUGGAAACAAUCGUGGUGGUUGGUAAUAAAAUGGCAACGACAAACGUGGGGAGAAACAGAAACGAGCAGGAGCGGAUUGAAAGAGAGAGAAAGUAAAGCGAAAAAGGAUCAGCAUGUAAAAUUGACUAUAAUAAUUCAUAAUGUUUACGAGUAACACAUUAUAACCCUGAAACAUACGUAGUUCCUUGAGGGGAGAGUUGGAACAGAACAGCAUAGUACGAAUAUACAAAAGUGUUUACAUUCUUAUUGAGAGUAAGCAAAGUAGGUAGAAAGAAGUGUUAAGGUGUUAAGGAGCGUAGGUCAAAGGGACCGCACUGCGUGCGUGAAUCCCUCGGAUUCGGUAAGGAUUUGUAAAUAUAUAAAUAGAGGAUGGCAGGUGAACACAGAAAGCAACAAACGAGGAAAAUAGUUUAAUUAUGCGAUUUAAAAGGAAUGCAAAAAAUGAUCUUUUUAUAGAUAUAUUUCACUCUCUCUCUCUCUCUUGCUCCGAUUCUCUUUCGAUUCACGGAUAAAGUGCAUGAGAAUGUCGAAGGCAAAGAAUGGGUGCGCAGAGUAUAGUGUCAGGGAAAUGUUUGUCAAAAUUGUUUAGUUUGUAAGAGACUUGAAUUUUCACACACACACACACACGCGGCCAGGGACAAAAGAAGACGAACCCGACCGGACGACACGGGAGAGCGAUUGGUGGGUAAAGUGGCGUGAAUGGAUGGGAAGAAAUCAUUACAUUACUCGAUGUUUGUAUACAGUCCUGUAGGGACUCCGCUUGGUUGAUACAAUAACGGAAGAAUAACGGUUCUUCGCGAGCUACUAGAUGUUAGCUGUAAGCAAGUCUCUGAAAAAGUAUAACGUAUCAAAGCAGUCCCCGAUUCAUAAUGCGAUAGGAUGGAAAUGGAUUACGAACCUUGUAACAGAUCGUGUUUUUUUUAUUUGCCUGAAUUAAGCGGUUUGUCUAUGGUUUGGUGAAACUAUCAUGUUUAUAUCACGUUUGCUUUCGACAAUGUUUCGCAUUGUUGGUAUGACACAUUUUUUCGCGUUUUUAUUUUAUUUGUUUGUGAACAUUUUGCACGAUCUCUAGACCGGUAAUCACGAACGAUCAGAAAUUUUGGGUAGAUUAGUUUUGUUUGUCAAACGUUUUUCCCUGUGCACAAUCAAAGUAAGCAAUACAACGUGGUCGUAGAACAGCUUGUGUAACGUUGUAUCUAUUGGAAAACAGGACUAUCCCUGGAGGUAAAUAAGAAGGAAGUAGCAGGGUGCCCUUUAGAUAAACAAACGAACCACCCUGAAAAGAAUAGAGGGUAAUAUGCUAUUUACUUUGCUGGAAAUUUGUUUGUUAGGAUUAAACAGGCUGAAAAAAUGAAGAACAACCAACCGAUGGAAACAGCUUUAGUUUCUUCUUCACAUCUCUUCAACUGAUGCUUCACCUUAGAAACUAGAUGUUCUGAUAUGGAUAAUUGAACGAUAGAAAUAAACUGAAUUGUGUUAAACUGGUGGUACUCGGGUGGAA